AUGGGCUGGAGCAACGAGCUGGCUCAAAGCAUGUGGGCCCUUGCAUGUUCGGGGCUAUUUGCCUUGGUUGUUCUGCUUGUUCUUGGGCCCAUGGCGGAUCCGCGGCCGGAGGGUUCCUGCGGCCGCCUCCUAAACCAGAAGGAGGCCAUCGCAGUUGAUGAGGAGCUCAUGGCUAGCCCCGGCUUCAGCGUGGAUCAGUUGAUGGAGGGAACCAGAUUACCCGCAGCAUGCCAAUGUGCCAGCGCGGCACUAAGCCAGAUGCGCCGGCAAGGCAGCUGCGGAUCGGAGGAUGCUCUCUGGACCCAGCUGAGGGAUCUGGAGCAGAUCCGGCUCAGAGUCGAUUACGCCGUCCGAACCACCCGGGUAAAAGCAGCAUCCCUGCUUUGUGCUGGCUCGGUGCUGGGUCUGCUGGGCUUCGUGAUAGCAGGUGGGAUGGGAUUGGGCAAGGCCUUCCUGGCAGACAAAGAAGUCAACGUCAGGGGCGAAAACUUCGCCUCAGGCCAUAACUACUAUCCAUCCACGGUCUCUGAGAUGGUGAGGGACCGCGAAAGUCCGAUGGGGAAAUGCUUCUACGGAUUUACAAGCGCUGGAUCUUUUGCUAUCUGGAUGUCUUGGUAUCCUUGGCAUCUGCAAAACGUGUACCUCCCGGCCGAGGAGGAUAGUGUGUGGUGUUGCAGUGUCAUGACACUUCGGACGUUGGUUCCUCCGAUCUCGAUGUUGUUGGUGUCCAUCAUUACGGUGGUCCCCUUCAGGGAGGCGGAUUCAAUUGAAGCAGUGAGCACUGUGAUCCAUGCCAUGGCUGCGACGCUCGCCAUGGGCGGCUACUGUGUGCUGGAGUGGUAUACGCUCAACGUCGCGAAGAACGUGAGGAUGACUCAGCGUGAGCGGCAUCUGCGACAGCUUAUCAACUUGCUGCUGGGCUUUUGCACUUUUGGGCUGGUUGUCACCGGUGUGGUGGCGCAGCACCCAGAGCAGUUUGGGAUCUGUUGCGGAGACCUCUACAUUGUUCCAAACGUCACAGACAUCGUGGCUUCGUACAACCGUGGUGCCUACCAACAAGGGACACGGAAUGAGUUCCUAGUUCAACACCACAAGGUCGGGCUGGUGGACACUGCAUCUGGAGCAGCCUUGGCCUUCAAGCUCGGCAUGUUCUGGUUCGAGGUUUCAGCUGGGCUGCUCAUGCUCGCCAGCCAUUUCAUCAUCUUCCUCUAUUGUCCGGAGCGUCGCCUGCGAAUCCGGGGAUUCGAAGGAGGGUAUCUCGACGGCCAGCUUUCCCAACGGAGCGAGGCCUCGUCAGACGGCGAGGAAGAUUUCGACCCCGACGAUGCUGAAGUGGUCUCCAAUGGCUCAGCCCAGGCAUCACGGCUCCUGUCGUCGCUGCGGUGUGGCUCACAGUGGCGAGUCGCUUUGGUGAUCUUUGGAGGCUUGCCCGCGGCCAAGAUCGCCAGAAGUCCCGGGAUCUAUUCAGCGCUGAUGAGUGUUUUGGCUUCUCGUCAUCUUUGGCAAGACUCUCUGGCCCUGCUUCGCGAUGCAGAGCUGGAGGGCAGCAACUUGGAAGCUGCAACGCCAACAUUGCUAACAUCUUUUCUGGAUGCAGCCGUUUACAACUCUGCAAUCACAACCUGCGCGCGGGCCUCGCGGUGGCAGUGGUCUCUCUGGCUGCUUACUUACUUGCGGGGGGCUGCAGAUGUGGGCCGUACUGUGCGUACUCCAGCCCCGAAUGUGAUAAGCUACAAUGCAGCUAUUCAUGCCUGCGAGCGGCGAGGUUUAUGGGAGCAGGCUCUUUGCUUGCUGGAAAUCCUUUCUAGAGAUUUACAGGUCCGUUCUUCCUCCCUAAAUGUCGCGAUGAGUGCCUGUGAGAAGGGGCAGCAGUGGCAGGCGACGCUGCUCUUGUUGAGCCGCUUUUCACACUUUGGCUGUGAUCGCACUUUGGUGACCUACGGUGCCGCUGUCGCGGCUUGUGCUGUGAGCCAGUCAUGGGAGACAGCUUUUGAAGUCCUCUCGGAGAUGCAUUCGAUGGGCGUUUUUCCAAGCAAGGAGAUGCUGAACUCUUUGUUGGACGUCUGCAAGCGGAGCUGGGCCUGGCAACAGGGCCUCGAGGUUUUUCUAGAGAGCCGCGGAAACCUUGGUUUGGGCUCCUUCCGCCAGCGUAAGGCCCUCUGCCAGGCAGUGGAGACCAGCCAAGCCCUGUCUUGGGCUCAAACCUUGGCUCUCAGACCCCUUCCAUUGCUGGAGUUGAGACGAGCCACCCUCUCGGAUGAGCGCUUUGUCUGGCAGGGCUCAAGGCCUGUACACGUGGCUUCUGCGGAAUGGCUCGAUCUGGCGAAUAUUUUCGCCGCAGAUUCUAUUCGGCAAUCGCUAGAGCAGAGCAACGGAUUUGGAAGACUUUCUGUCGCCUGCGCGGUGGCCGCCGCCUUUCCCCUUGAGAAGUACCCGGACAAGCCCCAGGUGUUGCUGGUUUGCGGCCCGGGCAACAACGGUGGAGAUGGUUUGGUAGCUGCAAGGCAUCUCCACCACUUCGGCUAUAGGCCUCGCGUGGUUUACCCCAAGCCGAAUCAGAAGGAGCAGCUCUUUGUCAAUCUGGUGACACAGCUGUCGCAGCUGUCGGUGCCUGUGGAUACGAUCCUCCCGGAGUCCCUGGAGGGCUACUGCUGCGUGGUCGAUGCCAUCUUCGGCUUCUCCUUCCGCGGCGCUGUCCGAGCGCCGUUCGACGAUGUCCUGAGGAGACUUGCAGCACCGGGAGCUCCGCCAGUGCUCUCUGUGGACAUUCCCUCCGGUUGGGAUGUCGAGAAGGGCCCACCUGCCGAGGGCAUCUGCUUGCAGCCGAGUGUCCUCGUUUCGCUGACGGCCCCAAAGAUGUGUGCCGUACACUUUGCUGGCAGACACUUUCUGGGUGGCCGUUUCGUUCCACCCUCCAUCGUGGAGAAGUAUGCCCUGCGGCUGCCGGCAUAUCCAGGAGUGAGCCAGAUCGUCGAGCUCCCGCCGGCGAAGCGGCAGCAUCAGGAUGCCUUGGAGCGCAAGGAGCAAAGCACCGGUGAGAAGAGUUACAAGCAGACCUGGCUCCUUGACGGCGACAUCAAAUCCAAGUUCUCGUACGCAGCUCACCGGGAGCUCAUGGCUCAUGACAACGGAGCUGGUGAGAUCGAGGAGUACAUCGAGGAGAUGCCGCCAGCGACUGAGCCUGUGAAGCGGCUAGGCGAUAUCGUGAAGGUGGAGGAGAUGGUCAGGCCGGAGUCCUCUGCCUCCACGGCCUUCGACUCGCGGCCCGGCUCCGCGGUGAGGCCGGGUUCUGCGAUGUCAUGGGAGAACGGCCGGCCCCAAUCUGCGAGGCGACCGUAUCCACCACUGUCCAGGCCCACCUCAGCCGUACCUCGACCCUCGAGGCCAUCCUCGGCCAGGCCGCAAUCGACUUUGCCGGCUGUCUCGCCGAGUGUUACCAGCGAGGAUACUGGCACCAGAAGCUCACAAGAUCCAAGGCCCCAGCAACGUGAGGAGCCGACAGGUGAUACGCUGAACGAUCUGGAGCAGGAGGUCGCCAAAAUCAAUUCUGCGCAGCCGCGCUCGUCGCCAUCUCAUCCCAGAGAUGGAAGGCCGCGGCGAACCAGCAGGACAUCCGUCAACUCCACUUUGUCGGACCAUUAUGAGUACGAAGGUCGUGACAUUGCUGCCGGAAGCCCCAACCUGAGCGAGGCAGGGAACGAGCCUGACUCGAGGCCGGUCGGUCCUCUUGCGCGAGUUCUUUCUGACAUGGAGGAGGAUGGGGAGGGGGAAGUGGUGGAAGAGCCCCCCGCCCAGCAGCAAGGGUCCAAGCUCGGGGAGUUUAGCGUCAUCACCAUCCGGAGGCUGUUUGAUGAGCUAGACACCGAGAGGAAAGGCUUCGUCACCCGGAGGGAGCUUCUCUUUGCGCUGAACUCAAGGGAGGAUCUCUAUCAGCAAUUUUGCUACUUCUACCUCCAGUCCGCGGAGCAGGACGGUCCUGAAGAUCUGGAUCGUCCCCGGCCCGAGGCAGCCGACCUCCCACUGGUGGACGACUGGUUAAGUGCUCAUAGAGCAGCGAACAUCCAGCGAACUGAAUGGGAGACGCAAGCCCACAGCUAUGUAUUUGAGGAGGCCCCUACUAAGCAAGUUCGCGGCAGGAAGAGCUUGAUUUUCCGCCGAAGCCUAGAAUUCCUGGACGAGGCAUACAAACAGGUGUGCCUGCUUCGUGCACCGACUCAGGUUGGGUCGAGCCAAAGGCUCUACCAGAAGUGCUACAACAUCACCUUGGAGAUUCUGAUUCACUACUUCAGGAUGCAAGGCUUGCUCCUGGAGUACCAGACCGCACCGAUUCUGAAUCUUCUACCCGAAGACCGAACGGUCUGGGUGGAUCAAGUCCCGCCGGUGUUCCAAGCUCUACAAGCGAGCCGAGGUGGUGCAACCACGGCUGAGGUUCUCGGCGAGUUCAGCGCAGAGGGAGCAUCCGGCCUGGUAUACCAGGAGAAGGAGCUGCUUCUUGAUGACUGCCCCUCUCCGCUUGGUGCUGCCCCUGCGAUGGCGAACCCGAACCCCCUCCACGGGGCUGUCCGUGCCCUCCAGGUGCUGCUGAACCAGGAGUCGAAGCACGAGGCUGCGGACUCAAAGAGGAUAGAUCCUUUUGUCGAUGCUCGGGAUGCCACGGAGGCCUCUGCAGAAGACCUGUGGGACUCAGUGGCCUCUGGGAAGGGCGAGGCGAAGAAGCCGAGCUGCCGGCGGGCACAGGCGCGAAGCACAUCUUCUCUUCGACAUCUCGCAGCUUUAGAAGCAGAGACCCCCCGGCCCGAAGCUCGAGUUGCUGAGUGCCUGUUCGCGAUGGAGGUCUCCGAGACCGUGGCAAAUCUGAUGCAAGAGAUAAAGCAGUUGGAGGAUGAGGACUUUCAAGGCAUCUGUAGGCUGAUCGACAAGGCCCGCGAGGAACGGCAGACUCCGACGGUUCUGGUCACGGUCCGGCAGCUAGGAGGAGAGCAUCUCUUUGGACCGCAGCUGAUGCCACUGUCGACGACGACCCUGAAGAUGAAGGAGCUGCUGUCGAGCUCAGUUGGGGCCCGUGUUGAGGAGAUGGACCUCCUCUGUGGCACGGCUGUCCUAGAAGCGACAGACACACUGGCAUCCUUGGGCGAACACUUUCAGGGAACUUUGGACCUCAUCCGGCGUGCGGAGCGGAUGAGAAUUGAGAAACACAGGAUUCCUGGGGUUUUCAUUGCGACCGCAAGCUCUCCGGGCCGCCAGUUUCUGGUUGUUCCGGGCGCGACGGCCUGGGACGAGGAGCACCUCUAUCAGCCAGAUGCUGCAAGCCAGGACACUUUGAGCCAGUUGCACAUCUCGGAGGCGACCUUUCGUAGCUGGAGCCCGUUCCGAUCCCACCUCGCGGCAGCUAUCGUUGCAGGAGUUAGCAAGACUCCGAAAUGGAAAGGCCAGCGAUUGCUUGCCGUGAACAUGUCUGCUGCCGAUCUGUCCUUUCUUGCAGACUUGGUUGGUGAAGGAGGCGCCGUGAGAUAUUCACCAGAGGUCGAUGUUGAAUGCGCCAGGAAGCUCAAGGAGCACUGGCCACAGACGCAGUGCCUCGCAGAGUCUGACACGGAGAGAUUUCAUUCAAUGUUGCUUAGAGGAAGCCUGGAGCUGCAUCAGGCUCUUCUGGACCGCAUGACGUCGCUUCUCCUUCCAGGUGCUGUGGUGAUGUGGGCCGUUGAGCUGGACGGGGCCAAGGAGGCCGUAUACGUGCCCGAAGCGGAGUUCGCCAGAACGGUCUCGAGCAUCAGGAAAUCCGGCCUGAAGCCCCUAGAGCAGCUCACGCUGGAACCCUACUUCGAGAAGUGCGCCGUGAUCGUGGCAACCACGGGCCGAGACUGGCCAGAGUAA